GGUACCGGCUCUCCCAGCGGGAACCUUGGAUUCAGGGGCGAAACUUCUUUCUGGCUGAUUUGCAGUUUGUGUUCCCUGGGCAAAUGUUUGGAGACUGAGCCCAAAUGAAAUUCUAGAAUGAAGGAAAACCUGAGCUCAGUGAAGAACGAGAUGGACUUACAAUCUGGGAGUGGCUUCCCAGAGGCAGAUCCAGAAAUAUUACAGAUAAAGAUAAAGGAGGAAGAGCCGGACUGUGACUAUCAGGACCCAGUGGAAAGCUCAGCAGUUCCACUUACAGAUGCGGGUUCCCUAAAGACCGAGGAUAAAGUGAAAUCAGAGGAUGAGGAGUCGGACACGGAGGAUCAUGUGACUGUACUGAAGAGAGAGAUGGAUUCUGUUCCUGGGGCCGAGAAUUGCAUCCGUAAUGGAAAUAAUAGUGACCCUGAGGCUCCCAGACUUUGGCACCGGGACCAGAGCCCACCAAGGCAAGGAACAAGUGAUUGCUCCGAUGCACUGAAAGCAGCCAAUGGGCAGACAGAAGAUGCUGGAGUAUUGCCGGGGUCGACACAAGAGAAAACGCCUAGUGACUUGGAGUGUGAAUCCGGCACAAAUUAUGAGAAUUACUCUGCAGGUUCUGAAGCGUCGGGUUUUAUUUGCAAUAAAUGUGGAGAAAACUUUGCUGUGAAGAGAGAUUUCCUCACUCACAUGUGUACCGAGAAUGGGAGAAAUAACGGUUCAGAUAAGGAAUGUGUAGAAACAGAAAGGAUUGUGGGACAGCAGUUGGGCCGUACAAGGGAGAAACCAUUCAAAUGUACAGAUUGUGGGAGGAGUUUUUCUCACAAAAGGACACUGACCGCCCACCAGAGAAAUCACUCGGGAGAGAGACGAUUCAAAUGUACAGAAUGUGGGAAAAGCUUCUUCCACAAAAGCAACCUCGUCAACCACCAGAUCAUUCACACAGGCAAGAAACAUUUCACCUGUACGGAAUGUGGCAAAUGGUUCUCUCACAAAAGGACUCUCUACACCCACCAGAAAAAUCACAGCGCAGAAAGGCGCUUCAAAUGCCCCGAGUGCGGCAAGAGUUUCUUCUAUAAGAGCAACCUCCGCAGCCACCAGAAGCUGCACACGGGGGAGAAACCGUUCUCUUGCGGGGAAUGUGGCAAAUGCUUCUCUCAGAAAGGCACCCUGCAAAGGCACGAGCAGAUUCACACGGGGGUAAAACCAUUCACGUGCACAGACUGCGGGAAGAGUUUCUACGAUAAGCACAACCUCUGGAAACACCAGAAUAUUCACACAGAAAAUAAAGCCUUUGCGUGUACAGAACCGGGCUUCAUCUGCUGUACCUGUGGGCAAAGCUUCUCUUUCGAUAGCGACCUUCUCAGUCAUCACUGUACCCAGUCUGGUAAUUAUCACGUUUGUAACUCGUCCGCAGUGGAGAAUGGAGACGGCAAGCAGUACAGCCAUAAAUCUAACCUUCACAGGCCUCGCUUGGUUAAACCACAGAAAGAAAUGUUCCCAUGUACAGAAUGUGGCAAAAGCUUUUCUGGAAAAAGCAGCCUCCAUGCUCAUCAGAGAAUCCACACUGGGGAGAAACCCUACACCUGCUCAGACUGUGGGAAAAGCUUCUCUCAGAGUUGUCACCUUCGAAGGCACCAGAACAUUCACACAGGAGAAAAGCCUUUCAAAUGCGUGGAAUGUGGGAAAAGCUUCAACGUGCAGAGCAACCUGCAAAGCCACAAGAAAAUCCACUUGGGGGUAAAACCCUAUGCAUGCAUGGAAUGUGGGAAAGUGUUUUCCCUAAAAGGUAAUCUCAACAAACACCAGAGAAUCCACACAGGGGAAAAGCCAUUUACAUGCGCAGCCUGUGGGAAAAGCUUCUUUAAAAAGAUCUGCCUUCUCAAUCACCAGAAAACUCACACCGGGGAGAAACCAUUCACCUGCACUGAAUGUGGCAAACGGUUCUCUCAGAAGAGCAGCCUUCAGAAACACCAGAACAGCCACAGAGAGGGGAAUUUCCCCCCGUGAAUAUUCAUUGUAUCCACAGCCCUGCACUGAUACCAGGAAUCAUUGUGUCUGGAGCAAAGGAAAGCUGGCAGAUUGGGAACCUUCACUGAGCGCUGGGAGAAAGGAUAUAGACUUGUGUCGAAGAGAAGAAGAACAUGUUGAGCCAUUGCACUACCAAUUUAAUGGGGUUCACUUUUGGUAUGUGACAGAAUUGCCUAUUCUUAGAAAACUUUUCAAUUGGUCUUAGUUUUUGAAUGAUUUGCCUUCAUCUUCGGACUCUUUGCAGCUUUCAAAUGGGGGUCACUGACCCCGGCAGCCAAAAAUCUGUUGCUCUGUAAAGCUACAAUUUUAUUGUUAUUGUUACUUAUCUUUCUAUUUAUUUCCUCUUCUAUUUAUAUACCUGUCUGUUUGCUAGGUUAAAUUGGACCCUAGCAACCAGAUAGCUGCAGAACAAAAGGCUAAAUAAUUAUAAUACAAAAAUGAAGACCAAUUGCAAAUUGCCCCAGAAUAGUCCUACAUCAUACUAAAAGUUCAUUUAAAGGUGAACAUCCCCUUAAACAAAUGCUCUCGGUGAUAUAUUACAGAAGUGUGUAUUUACCUUGCCAUGGCGGCUUUACUGCACAGUAGGAUAACGCAAACAUAGACUUUGGCUCUUUUUAGCUGCAAAUUCCAUAUCUGACCAGUAGAUGGAGCCGCUGAUGGCUUUAGGAAUUAAGUCAAAGUGCACUUAUUUUGGAAAUACUAACUUUUUUUAUAAUGGCUAUCAUAAUAUUAAACAUUCCUCCAAACUGUGA